CAAUUAAACACUUUAGACACCACAUGGGAGUCCAUAUUAUAAUGCACCAGUAUAGAAACUACAGAGCAAUGACAUCUUCAACCAACGCUCGGGACUUGGAGCAGAUUGUAAGGGAUGGACUUAGUACCCUGGUCUUUGCGUUUGGUCACAGAACUGGUAUAGUGGACGCCUUUACUAAACUUAAACAGCCUUGCACUGCCGAGGAAUUGAGCCAAAAGGCAGGGAAAAAAUUGAGAUACAUACAAGAAUGGCUGGGUUGUAUGGUUGCUGCCGGAAUAGUAACAAUCACAGACGAUGACAAAUAUACACUUCCUCAUGACGAAGCUCAGCUGAAAAUCUGGGGCCACAAUGCAGCUGCUAUUCCGAUUCUAUGCGAAAUGAUACCAAAACUUGAGGAAGCAAUAGGACUCGAUGGACCAAAAGGAUUUGGAUAUCACGAACCUUUUCUGCAAUGGGUUGAUGUGUUUCGUUCAUCAGAAGCCUUACAGGAUUGGAACCAACGGCUUCUUGUUCCAGCAAUGAACCUGAAACAGGGAGACGAGUUUAUGAUACUUGACAUAGGAUGUGGGUUUGGAAAGCAUUCCAGAGAAGUAGCAAAGGUGUAUCCGCGAUCUAAAAUAACUGCCAUUGACAUGAACCAGUUCUCUAUUGAUAACGCCAAAAGGGAACUCACCAAAAGUGGGCUACAGAACAUAGAAUACCUAUGUAUGAAAGGAGGGCAACUUCCAGAGGAGUGGGCAAACAAAUUUGAUUUCGUCAUAAUCAACGAUGUUCUGCAUGAUUCCUACGAAGUUGACGAAAUACUGAAAGGAAUCAAAAGGGUUCUUAAACCUGAUGGAUUUGCGGCCGCUUACGAUCCGGCGGUGUCUUCGUAUCACAAAAAGGUUAUCAACGACGCAACGGCGCAGUAUUAUUUGCCCUUUAGCUUAUUUUCAUGUCUCCCAGUGAGUAGCAUGGGUCCUAGUGAAGGACUUGGCAUUGGUUGGGGUUACGAACACCGAAAACAGAAGAUCGAAGAACAUGGUUUUCGAGUUGUGCAGGUCGGAGAUAAAGAUAUUGAGACAAUACAAGAGGGCAUUGUAUUCCAGAAAAUGUAAAAUUCAAUAUGUUUUCCGGUUUAAGUAGGUUUGUUUCGAUAUGUAAGCUGCAAGGAGUUUGAUAGUGCAAUGAUUAAAUUGAUAGACUACUGAAUUAAUAACUCUAGUUUCUCUUAAUCUUUUUGUAUUGCUUCAGAAAUUCACAGUCAAUAAAAUUGGUCCGGUGAACUUAGGUUUGGUUUUACUGUAGACACUACAUAAUUUAUAUCAAUAUUUUUUUUACCAUAGUUUAGCUGUUUAGCUCAACUUAGCUGAUCACUUUUAGUUGGAAUACACAUACGAAGGUAUCUAUAGGGUUGUACUUAAAACAAUAAAAUCUUCACCUUUGUGAUUCAUAUGGGAGUGAAAGUAGCGAGCACUGGAGAUAUAAAAUACACCAUGGGUACCCUUCAUCUUUGACAUCUACAUGCUAUGAAAUGUGUAUCAAUUAAACCAAGUCUUAUGAAAUAAUGCACGGUUUUUGUAUAUUACACGCAACUUUUUUUUUAACAAGAUGAACGAUAGAAUAAGAUUUACACACGAUGGGUUACAUGUAGAAUUAAUGCACGAUAGAACAGUUUUCACGCACGCAGAGUUCAUACAUAAUAGGAAAGGAUAAACAUGUUCAUGAUAAAAUAGUGUCGCGUUAAAUGAGAUUAUUUUGAUAAUAGUAGAAUUUGAGAAUGAACAAAAAGAAAUCAAGAUUUACGUACAAUUUUUUGUUAUGAACAUUUUAAUCAUCGCUGCAUUGUUGAAAGCAUCUAAAUACAAACUACCAGUUUAAUUACCGUACACCCUAGCCGAUCAUCCCAAAGAUUUAAUCAUAGCGGUCUCAAUGAAAAUACAACUCUUGUUCUAAAUAAAUAUGAAAUACAUCGUAAAUAUUUUUUUGUAUAUUCAAAUGAUCUAUUAAUUUAAAACGAAUUGUAUAACAAACAAAUGAAAUAGAUAUUAACGGAUAUACACAUCACGCGUAUGAUUUAUUAACACUGUUUUCUUUAAUGCACCUCGUAGCCGAUAGUCGAGAACAUUUCAGAACGAGAAUAAAUAUCACACGGAAAAUAGCGCGUUCAAUUAAAAUAGAACUCUUGUUUAAACUAAAUAUAAAUAUAUCUCAAACGGAUAAACUGUUAAAAUUGAACGAUAAAACUGAUAGGAUUAACCCACGAUAGGAUAGGAUUAACCCACGAUAGGAUAGAAUUAACGCACGAUAGAACAGUAUACACACAUAUGUAAUUGGGUUCGAUUACAGAAUUUAUUUACCAAGUGAUUUAUUUUCUUUAGAGAUGAUCAUGAUGGAAUCACGUUGAUUUUUUGUAUCCAUAGGAGGCAUUCGCCAAAUUUCACUUUUUGCACACGCAUUGCGCCUCGCACUACUAUGUUCACUAUACACUAGACAGCUUCAUGUAAAUCUUUAAUUACAUGUAGAUUAAUAAAACAUUAUCUAAUGCGUUUGAUUGAGAUUAAAACAGUGAUACACUUACAUAAUAGUUACAAUGAUUACGUUUUUUAACAUGCAAAUCUUAAUCAGAAGUACACUUCUCCUGCUAAAAGAGUAAAGUUUAUUCAUUCCUUAUUGUUUCGGAAAACAGCAAAACGGUGCGAUAUGUCCUAUUUUCCUCUUUAUUACAUGUAGUGUAAUGCCUCCGCUUUAUCUAUAGUUAUAUUAUUAUUAUUUUAAUAUCUAUAAUUACAUAUCAAAGUAUAGCUGACCAAUGAUAUUGCAUGUCGAUCAUUCCUUCUAAAGGAAUACUUGUCUAAACCUCCGACGAUUGCAAGCUUAAUAUUAAUGUAAG